AUGGAGGAGCACGAGAAUUAUCUACGAAUAAUACUCCAGACUUUGAGAGAAAAACAACUAUAUGCUAAAUUCUCCAAAUGUGAAUUUUGGUUGAAUAGUAUUGCAUUUCUGGGUCACAUUAUAUCUAGAGAUGGAAUAUCCGUGGACCUAAAGAAAGUUGAAGCAGUAUCAAAUUGUCCUAGACCAUCUACUGUUACAGAGAUCCGUAGUUUCCUUGGUUUGGCGGGUUAUUACAAGAGAUUUGUUAAAGGGUUUUCUCAAAUAUCAUCAUCACUGACCAGACUAACUCAAAAAGGCGUUAAAUUUGAAUGGUCAACAGUAUGUGAAGAAAUUUUUGAGAAACUCAAAAGGCGAUUGAUCACGGCACCAAUACUAACUAUAUCAUCGGAAAAUGAAGACUAUAUUGUCUAUUGUGAUGCUUCACACAAAGGGCUCGGUUGUGUAUUGAUGCAAAUAAUCAUGUCAUCGCUUAUGCUUCUUGACAAUUGA